AUGACAAUAAGACGCCUAUUGUUAAAUAGAAGCGGACUGCGGUAUCUCAUAUUGACUACAGUCAGUGAAAGCUGUCAGUGACAGUGCUUCAAAAGUAUCGUCCUUGCUUCAAAGGGAUAACAAUGGACAUCACCUUGUUAUGCUUACUCCUGGCAGUGCAGCUGUGCUCAUUAUCGACGUGUAAUGGGGCAAAGAUCCUCUAUCUCCCUUUCCCGUUAUACAGCCAUGUUAAGCUUGGGCAAUGGUUGACUGACGAUCUCCACAAAUAUGGCCAUGAACUAUGGACAGCCUACCCCAAAUAUCUCAAGUCACUUGGUGUACUCCAGGACAAAAAGUACAACCUAAUUCAAUUAGAAAAACUUGGUGAUGAAGAUGUAGGAGAGACACUACGUAAAGUCAAUGAAAAAAGUCUUACUAACAAAACUAUACUUGAGAAAUUCUUGCACACUGUUGAGAGUAUUAUUCAGCCGGUUCAUGAACAGUUGCGAGAAAUAAAUUUCAAAAUUAUGAAGGAUGACGAGUUCCUUCAGGUCGUGAAAAGGCAACAUUUUGACCUGGUGCUGGUCGGGGGAACCAUGAGAGGAAUGGAACUGCAUCUGAUUCCAUACCAUCUUGGCAUCCCUUUCUGUUUCCUCAGCACAGACAUCGACCCUUGGAGAUCCGGCCUCCCUGUCAACCCAUCACAUACACCAAUAACUGGAUCCGAAUUCACAGACAGGAUGGAUUUCUUUCAGCGUGUGCAGAACACAUUGAUGUAUAUGAGUCUGAUUUUCGACAAGGACCUUUUCUUUGGCGACGACAGAGACAACUUUAAAGGCCCCGACGGUAACGCCGUUACUCCGGGCAGCGUCAUGAGUGAAGCAAAGCUAUGGCUAAUUCAACAUGAUGUUUUGUUGGACUAUCCUCGACCUAGCAUGCCAAAUGUCAAGUACAUUGGCGAUCUCUCUCUCCGAAAGGCACAACCUUUAGCAAGGCAGUUUAAACAGUUUUAUAAUAGAUCAACUAAUGGUGUUGUUGUUGUUUCGUUUGGAAGCUUUGUGAAUCUAGAGCAGCCGCUUGUUCAAAAGCUCUUUACCGGUCUUUUGAAAACUCCUUAUUCAUAUGUGAUACGAUUAAACGUUACUUCACCUGACAAACAUAAAUUUUUAACAUCCUCUUGGAUUCCUCAGAACGAUCUGUUAGCCAACCCUCAAACCAAACUAUUCAUUACAAACAUUGAUGCAAGUGAUCAGAAUGAGGCUGUUGCUAACGGUGUCCCUAUGGUUGGAAUACAGAUACACACUGAUCAGUACUAUAACGCUAAUCGUCUUCAGCGAAAAGGAUAUGGAAUAUUCGUUGACUUCCUGGAAAUCACACCCGAGGAGAUAGCUGACAAAAUAAAAUAUGUGAUUGAAACGCCUUCCUACAAAGGCAACGUCAGCAGAGCAGCCAAUAUCCUGAACGACCGACCGUGGACCCCCGGUCAGGAAGCUGCCUACUGGAUUGAUCACGUGAUCAAAUAUGGCGACGCUCACUUCCGUUCUGAAGGCAUGAAGCUUCCGUGGUACAAGUUUCUGUGUUUAGACGUCUUCAUCUUUGUGUCCUUAAUUAUUGUGUUGCUUUUGAAAGGUGUAAUGUUGUUAGUGAGAUUGAGUCUUCCUGGUUUCUUCAGAAAGAAACAGGUCGUAAAGCCCAAGAAAGAGUGAAUUCGUUGCAAUAAUAAUGACGUCCUUGCAGGAUAGGAUGAGGGUAAAUAUAACUGCAAAAACAAGUAUGUCAUCCACUGUUAUGGACCUACUCAGCGUUAUAGAAUAUAUCUACCAUUAUGGAAACACAGCGUGACAAUGAGCACUUUAAUAACAUUGCAAGCACAACCAUUCAGGGUCAUGCAGAAAACAUAAACAUUAGUUACCUUCAGUUUCAUUAUGUACGUUGUGCUCGAGAUUAA